CCCGCCGAUGUCCGGAGCGAUCUUUGCGCCCCUGGAGGGCCCGGGGGCCCUGGACGCCAUGAGCGGCCACCCGCUCGUGUGCCCGCUGUGCCACGCGCAGUACGAGUGCCCGUGCCUGCUGGACUGCUCCCACGACUUCUGCGCUGGCUGCUUGCGUGGCCGCGCCACCGAUGGCCGCCUUACCUGCCCGCUGUGCCAACACCAGACUGUGGUGAAGGGUCCCAGUGGGCUCCCGCCAGUGGACCGGCUGCUACAGUUCCUGGUGAACAGCUCGGGGGACGGCGUGGAGACAGUGUGCUGUGCCAACUGUGACUUGGAGUGCAAACAACAGGGCGUGGAGACCACGUAUUUCUGCAACACGUGCGGGCAGCCCCUGUGUGCGCGCUGCCGCGAGGAGACACACCAGGCACGCGUGUUCGCGCGCCACGACAUUGUGGUCCUGGGCCAGCGCAGUCGCGACGUGCUCCAGAAGUGCACGCGGCACGCCGAGCCCUACCUGUCCUCCGCCGACAAGAAGUCGCUGCUGUGCAUCCGCUGCUUCCGCGACACGCAGGGGCGGGUCGAGGGGCAGAAGGGCCUGGGCCCGCCCUGCCCUCAGGCCGUGAAAGCCCUGCAGGCGGCCAGGCGGGCCAUCGCGCUGCUGCAGGCCAUGGUGGAGGCGGUGCGCAGCGCGGCUGCGGAGGAGGGUGCCAUCCACGCCCUGUUCAGCCGCAUGCAGGACAAGCUGGCGGAGAGGAAGGCACUGCUGCUGCAGGCUGUGCAGAGCCAAUAUGAAGAGAAGGACAAGGCCUUCAAGGAGCAGCUAUCCCACCUGGCCGCCCUGUUGCCCACCCUGCAGGUCCACCUGGUCAUCUGCUCAUCCUUCCUCAGCUUGGCCAACAAGACCGAGUUCCUAGACCUGGGCUAUGAGCUGAUGGAGAGGCUGCAGAGAAUCGUCACGAGGCCGCACCACCUGAGGCUGGCACAGAGCAGCAAGAUCAACAGUGACCACCGCGCCGAAUUCGCACGCUGCCUGGAGCCAUUGCUGUUGUUAGGGCCGCGCCGGGCGGCAGCCCCCAUGGGUGGCACUAACAUGCUGGCCGAGGGCUCAGACCCCAAGGUGCCGAUCGGCCCCCGCUGCCCCUCCCCGGUGGGAAAGAUGUCGGGGUCUACCAAGGUGCUGCUGGCCAAGGGUGAGGACACGCCCUUCACAGAGCACUGCCGCCACUAUGAGGACACCUACCGGCACCUGCAGGUGGAGACCCAGAGUCUGAAGGACCAGGUACAGGAGCUGCACCGGGACCUCACCAAGCACCACUCGCUCCUCAAGGCCGAGAUCAUGGGUGACAUCCUGCGCCGGUCCUUGCAGCUGGACGCGCGCAUAGCCUCGGAGCACGCUUCCAUGGAGGGCAUGCGCGUGGUCUUCGAGGAGAUCUGGGAGGAAUCCUAUCAGCGCGUGGCCAAUGAGCAGGAGAUUUAUGAAGCCCAGCUCCACGACCUUCUGCAGCUGAGGAAGGAGAAUGCCUACCUGGCCACCAUCACCAGGCAGAUCACGCCCUACGUCCGCUCCCUUGCCAAGGUGAAGGAGCGGCUGGAGCCCAGGUUUCAGGUGCCCGGGGAGGAGCAGUCAGAGAAUCCGCCAAACAUGUAUGAUGACAGCAGGAGAAGUGAGACCCUGGCCAGGAAUGACGCAGCAAGUGGCCUGGAAAAGAGAGAGAGGAUGCCAGAGCCUAAGGGAAGCAGCUGGACUCCGAGCAGCCCCUCAGAAGAGCUUCCACUGAGAAACAAGGAUCACCACAGGCCCAAACAGACAAAUGGGGGUGAUAUCCCCACACAGAGGGAACACCCAGCUUAG